AUUUGAAGUAUGGAGUGUACAGUUGUUUGCAUAGACAAUAGUGAGUUCUCGCGAGAUGGGGACUACGCGCCAACGCGCUUCCAAGCGCAGGCCGAUGCAGUCAACCUGUUAGCAGGAGCUAAGACACAGGCACAUCCGGAGGCCACUGUAGGCGUGCUAACAAUGUCGGGCAAGACGCCUCGGGUCUUGGUCACCCCAACACCAGAUCUUGGGAAAGUGCUGAACUGCAUGACAAACAUCGACAUUGAUGGUGAAUGCAAUGUUUCCUCAUCCGUGCAAAUUGCACAACUUGCCCUCAAGCACCGGCAGAACAAAAACCAGCGGCAGAGGAUCGUCAUCUUCGUGUGCAGUCCAGUCACGGAGGACAAGGAGAAGCUUGUAAAGAUUGCCAAGAAGCUGAAGAAGAACAACGUGGCUGUGGACGUGGUUAGCUUCGGCGCGGAGGAGGAGAACCAGGAGAAGCUGGAGGCCUUCAUGGCGGCCGUCAACUCGAACGGCAACUCCCAUUUGGUGACGGUGCCUCCCGGGCCGGUGCUAUCAGACGUGCUCAUCUCAUCGCCUAUCUUCCAGGGUGAGGGCGGCGGCGGCUAUGGCUUCGCCGGUGGUGUAGGCGGCGGCGCGGGUGGCGGCGGCGCGGGUGGCGGAGCUGACGGAUUUGAAUUUGGAGUGGAUCCCAAUAUGGAUCCGGAGCUGGCUCUGGCCCUGCGUGUAUCGCUGGAGGAGGAGCGAGACAGGCAGAACCGCGCAGCUGCAGCCGCGGCUGCCGCAGCGGGAGCCAGCCAAGCGGCGCCGGCGGAGGGCGCCGCUGCAGCGGGAACCUCGGGUCCAGCUGUUGAGGCUGGUCUGGCGGCCGGCUCGGAUGCGGCGGUGGGGACGCCGGCGCCCGCUGUGGCGCCUGGCGUCGGCGUCACCGCUGCAGGUGGGGAUAUGGACCUAGACGAAGAUGCGCUCCUGCAACAGGCCCUAGCGAUGUCGAUGGAGGCUGCAGCGGCUCCACCGCCGGGGGAUGUGGAUGUGAUGGAUGAGGACGCGGAGCUGCAACUAGCCCUACAGCUGUCUAUGCAGGAUGCAGGCCCCGAAAACAAAGAUGGCAAGAAUUAGUGCUGCUGUCUUAGGUGGCGCGGGGCGGGGCGGGGCGGGGCCUUAUGGCGAUAUGGAUUGAGGGAGGGGUUAUAUGGGAACUUGGGCAGGCCCCUGGCGCUGAGGAUGGGAAAGGGCUUUUCACAUGGAGAUGUACGGAGGUUUGACAUUGUUUGGGGUGACGACGCUACAGAAUGGCUUGCAUGCUGCCAUGUAGGCUUCUAGGGGUUUGGGUAGUGGAUAGGGGUCGGCAGUUCAGUCGGUGAAGGCGAAUUCGUACUUUGGGUAGCCGGUCGAGGAUUAUGAAGCCCUAUCGAGGGUUGUGGGGGAUAUGAUUGGUGCACUCAACGAUGUGCUUGUCGGUUGUGUUUAAUUGGCGCAGGCAGGGUCGAUGCUAGCUAAUGCUGAAGUCUAUUGUGGCGAAUCAUCUUGUUACUAUGCACUUUGUGCUAGUGGUGCGCUAUCUGUUAUUGUUUGCUGAAAGCAACCUAUGUGUCUCUGGAUCAUGCACAACCGCUUUAUGUAACCCGAUCGUAUGAG